AUGCCUGCCACGGUGGCGCCGCGUGCUACUGUACAACUCCUUGACUGGUUUGAAGACAUCGUUCGCUCCGAAAAGGAUCCGCUAUUUCCUGCCUAUGGAUUGCAGGCGUUGGCUAUUUUCUGCAAGCAUCUGCAAAAUGGAAAGGGGCAGGACAACUGUGCUGAGACUCACCAAGCACUGGACCCGCGCACACGCCUCUUUUAUUCAUUCGCUGAUGACUCGUACAACAAGAAGGCACAGGGAAAAGUCAUACAAGUUACCAUACCUUGGAAUCAAGGCAAAUGGAUUCCUCACCCUCGCUGCAGCGAAUGUGGUAAACCGACCGGCCGCCCCUCGCUAACCCUCCGACACCUGAUCGACGUGCACCCCGAGUUGAUAGAUGCAAACGCGACGAAAGUUCAACUGAUUCACUUGCAUGUUGAGCUCGUCAUGCCCUUCCAAGUGGCCGACAGCCGUGAAGGGUGGAUGAAGUAUCUUUUCCGCAGCAGUGGAACGUGGCGCACCACAGGGAUUUUGAGCAAGGCAGAUAUCUACCCCAUCGCGGAUGAGCUUCUUGCCAGGAUGCAGGCGAUCAUCAACGAACAUACCGAGUCGCCCUCCGCCUCUGCUCUGCCAUUGACGCCUGUCGCCUCGACAAGUUCGCUCACCGCUCCCACCGCUCCCGUCGCCAGGAGACGUAUAAAGAAGCGCAAGGCCUCGGAUGAUACUACGUCCGAGGAGCGCAAGCGCACUCGUCGAGGUCGUCCUACUAGGGACACCACGGGUGCUUCCUCAUCGUUGACGGUGGACAACGCCCUCACCACGUCCGCCGCUGCAAUGCCGCUGCCAGGCGAUGUCACGGCUACCACUUGGUGCUCGGCGCUGCCCAACAGCCUCGCUUCGUUCUCGGGCCCAUCGAACUUCGCCGGCUCUGCAACUUUUUUCGCCCCCUCCGACGCCUUCGCAUCCUCCACAGUGGCUCCGGUAGACCCUUAUGCAGAUGGCAUCGCGGGUAUUGAGUCCCACAAUGGCGCGGCAACCCUUGACCUCAUCGGGCCCUACGCAACGACCUUCGACGGGACGGAGAACGGGAUGUGGCCCCUCCUUGGCUCGCUGAACGAGCUUUCGUCUGCCGGUGCAAUGCCCUACGAUAAUCUCUCUACACCCGUGGAAGGUCUAGCACCUCCGGUCACCUACGCCGAGCCCUCCGACACAGCCCAUGACGACGCGGCGCAGGCGCCAACGCCAUCGACCGCCUAUGCCACUCCGGAGUACCACCACUUGGGUCUUCCUGUCAACGAAGAACCCUCGUCGCGCGGCCGCUCCGCUUCUGAAUCGUCUGCUGUGAGUGGAGUCUCGACGGUCGUCGACGGCAACGACUCUUUCGAUUUGGCGGCGCUUCUCGCGCCACCGGCCAACGCUCUUGAGAGCGAGGCGCUUUACGCGCAGGCCGAUGACCCUUUUGCGUCCUCGUUGAAGAAGGAAGACGACUAUUCUUGGCUUGAUGACCCACAGCAGGCAUACUUGGCGUACUAG